AUGGCUCUAAGUACAGUUUUACCAAAAGACUGUGAAGAUGUCACUGAUGGCAAUGGGACAUAUAUGAUAAAUCCCAGUUCCUGUUCUGGACCAUCUAAUGAUUUCAAUGUAUAUUGUGAAGUAGGGUCAGACAAUCAAUAUUGGACUGUUUUCCAAAGACGGGUGGAUGGACUAACAGAUUUUUACCGGACAUGGCUUCAGUACGAGAAAGGAUUUGGUGACUUAACAAAUGAGUUUUGGUUAGGUAAUGACAAAGUCCACAUGCUGAUUUCAAAUAAUAAUUAUACCUUACGAAUCGAACUGGAAGAUUUUGCAAAUGAAAAGAGAUAUGCGGAAUAUCAAUCGUUCAAGAUAUCGGAUGCUCAGUCUAAUUACCAAUUAUUGAUUAAUGGUUACAGCGGCGACGCAGGUGAUAGUUUAGACCACCACAAUGGCAUGCCAUUUAGUACUAAAGACCGAGACAACGAUCCUUCUCCAAACGCGUGUGCAGUUAAAUUCCAUGGCGCAUGGUGGUAUAACCUAUGCCAUCAAUCUAAUUUAAAUGGCAAUUAUUUAUCUGGUGCCCAUACCUCCUUUGCCGAUGGAAUUGAAUGGAUUGCAUGGACAGGAUUUCAAUAUUCAUUGAAAUCGUCAAAAAUGAUGAUCAGAAGACAAAAUGGCAAUUAA